ACUCUGCCUUCCACCACUACAACUCCAACCUCUACUCCUGCAUCAACCUCAAAAGGAGAAUCAACUGCCCAGUGCAGUGGUGAAGAAAGUUGUGUGUGGUCAGACUGGAUCAACCUUGGUCAGCCAACGUCUGGCUCUGAAGGUGGAGAUAAUGAAUCCAUUAAGAACAUCAUUGCCAGUGGUUAUCACAUUUGCUCAGCUCCAGAGGCAGUUGAAUGUAGAGCAAAACAAUACCCUGGACUGCAGAUCUCUCAGCUUGGCCAAGACGUGACUUGCAAUCCAUCCGUUGGACUGAUUUGUGAAAACAAUAAGCAAGGUCUUCAGCAAAAGUGCUUUGAUUAUGAGAUACGAGUGAAAUGUUGUCAAUGUGGUCCCACAACACACAUCCGACAACAACAACAACAACAACAACAACAGUUCCUCCCACCACUACUCCUACACCCACUACUACAAUCUUAACAUCAACAGCUCCAUCUACAACAAAAACAACAACUCUGCCUUCCACCACUACUACAACUCCAACCUCUACUCCUACAUCAACCUCAAAAGGAGAAUCAACUGGCCAGUGCAGUGGUGAAGAAAGUUGUGUGUGGUCAGACUGGAUCAACCUUGGUCAGCCAACGUCUGGCUCUGAAGGUGGAGAUAAUGAAUCCAUUAAGAACAUCAUUGCUGCUGGUUAUCACAUUUGCUCAGCUCCAGAGGCAGUUGAAUGUAGAGCAAAUCAAUACCCUGGACUUCAGAUCUCUCAGCUUGGCCAAGACGUGACUUGCAAUCCAUCCGUUGGACUGAUUUGUGACAACAAUAAGCAAGGUCUUCAGCAAAAGUGCUUUGAUUACGAGAUCCGAGUGAAAUGUUGUCAAUGUGGACCCACAACACCCAUCCCAACCACAACUACAACAACAACAACAGUUCCUCCCACCACUACUCCUACACCCUCUACUACAAUCUUAACAUCAACAGCUCCAUCUACAACAAAAACAACAACUCUGCCUUCCACCACAACUCCAACCUCUACUCCUGCAUCAACCUCAAAAGGAGAAUCAACUGCCCAGUGCAGUGGUGAAGAAAGUUGUGUGUGGUCAGACUGGAUCAACCUUGGUCAGCCAACGUCUGGCUCUGAAGGUGGAGAUAAUGAAUCCAUUAAGAACAUCAUUGCUGCUGGUUAUCACAUUUGCUCAGCUCCAGAGGCAGUUGAAUGUAGAGCAAAUCAAUACCCUGGACUUCAGAUCUCUCAGCUUGGCCAAGACGUGACUUGCAAUCCAUCCGUUGGACUGAUUUGUGACAACAAUAAGCAAGGUCUUCAGCAAAAGUGCUUUGAUUACGAGAUCCGAGUGAAAUGUUGUCAAUGUGGUCCCACAACACACAUCCACAACAACAACAACAACAACAACAACAGUUCCUUCCACCACUACUCCUACACCCACUACUACAAUCUUGACAUCAACAGCUCCAUCUACAACAAAAACAACAACUCUGCCUUCCACCAAACAACUCCAACCUCUACUCCUACAUCAACCUCAAAAGGAGUAUCAACUGCCCAGUGCAGUGGUGAAGAAAGUUGCGUGUGGUCAGACUGGAUCAACCUUGGUGGGCCAACGUCUGGCUCUGAAGGUGGAGAUAAUGAAUCCAUUAAGAACAUCAUUGCGCUGGUUAUCACAUUUGCUCAGCUCCAGAGGCAGUUGAAUGUAGAGCAAAUCAAUACCCUGGACUGCAGAUCUCUCAGCUUGGCCAAGACGUGA